UUAUAAAAUGAUAUACAAGCUAUGAUAACUCCGUUUGUAUUUGACACUCUUACACAAAAAAACCACCCCCAACAAUUUCUCUUCUCCUUCUUUGAAGUGUUUCCUAUAAAACAAAGAUAUGUUCAAUUCAACAUGUGAGAAGAGUGUUCUUCAAAUCAAACAAGAUGACAAGUUUUUCAGCAGACUACUUUCAAAGGAAAAUUCCAAUAUUCACCCAUCAUUCAGAGUUUCUCUUGCAGUUCCAUUUGUUUGGGAAUCUCAACCUGGCACUCCCAAACACACAUUCUCUAAUGACACAAUUCCUCCCCUUACACCUCCACCUUCUUACCAAUUCAACAAUGCCAACAAAAAGAUUGAGAAAAAGCAUUCAAAAUCAUCCAAAUAUUUUUUGGCAUUGUUUCAAAAACUAAACUUCAGGAAGAACAAUCAGUCUUCGUCUUCGUCCUCAUCGUCUUCUUUGUCAUCGUCAUACCCUUCGUUUUCAUUGUCAUCGGUAGAUGCUUCCAAAAUUACCUCGGGGACGACGAGGGUUAGCAGAAGAAGAUUCUUAAGCUUUGGAUCUUCUUUUGAUUACAGGGGUGAAAAUGAAGAUGGUGAUGAUUCACCAACUUCUACUUUGUGCUUUGGAAUUCAUCGUUCGGCCAGCUCAAACAGUGGCUUCCAAAGCAACUACAAGAGGCGUGUAAGGUAAUCAAGACCAAGUCAAUUCGUAUCAUCCACACUUCAGAUUGAAAGUAUUUCCAGUGUUCAACGUGUAUCAAUGUCCAACAUCAUACAAUACUGACACAUGUGGUUACAUUCAAAUGUUUACUUUUCCUCAAAGUAUUACCAACAUUGAUGUUUCAGUGUCGGUGUUUUGUUUAAUAUAUGUAUGUAUGUAUGUCAAUGCUUGAUAUAUAGCUUGUCAAUGUUUCUUAGUCUUUUCUGGUUUGGACAAAAUUAAGGUUGUUUCUACAGUUUUUCUAAGUAAAACUUUAUAAGCUUAAGUUCUUCAUGUU